UUCAUCAUCCCUCGGCCCUUUCGCAACACGCAUACUUCUUCAUCACCUACUACCACCGGCGUCAACAUCCUCUCCACCAUACGUCUGUCUCACACGACGACCAUCUAUAUCACCUUUGGCCUUGGUGCCACGCCACUUCCACAUCACUCUCUCUCUCACUGAUCCUUCGAUCAUCGGCCUUCACCAUGUCACGCCAUCGCGCUCGUGACCCUGAUCACUAUCUGCAUACAUCGUCCUCUCGCUCGCGCCGACACGACAGAAGCUACGACAGAGGUUACGACAGAGGUUACGACUCUGAGGAAUCCCAGACUCUCUCUUCGGCAAGACUCGCAGAGCACAACCGAGCCUUUGAGAAAGCUCGUCUUCGCAAAUCAUCUGCACCGCAGCUCGACGAGGACUACCGCCGCCAAGACCAACGCCGUCGCCGUCGUCACGCAGAUCACUCGCCCGUCGUAGACGCCAGUGAACAGUUCCUCGGUGUCCUGCGACCACGCCCUUCGGUCAAUCUUACCCGCUCCAGCUACAACGAUUUGCGGGGCAAAGCCAGUUCAGAAGUACCUCAGCACUUCGAACGUCCCACAACACCUAGCAGACGCCGCAACUCGAGCAGCGCACAUCGGAGAGACAUUGGCAGCCGACAGAGCGACUACGAGAGAAGUCCCUACAAGAACCACAACUCGGACUACGAAGACCUUGGUGUCACCUCUGUCGUCAAACUCUUUGGCGAACGUCCGAGCCAGAACCCUCCUCCGCUGCCACCGGCACCUCAUCGUUCCUACUCUCCUUAUCUGGAAGAAGUGAGAAGGUCUUCCUUUGCUUCUGGCAGACCCGAAUCGCUCUACACCGCCGACCCAAUCGCUUCCAACCGCUACUCGUCCGGACGUGCCGGCUCAGUCUACGGAGCAUCUUCUGUAGGUGGAGAUUCUUCUACCCCAGGUCGACGCCGCAAACUCUUCAGCAAGAGCAGGAGGCGUGACGAGGCCCCUCCCUUGCCAAGCAUCAACAGCGGCUUUUCAUUGUCGGGCAUCCAAGACCGAGAAGACGACUAUCGCCCAUCCUCUCGCUACCAAUCGGAUCGCUACAGGGAAGAUUACCUCUUGCCUCCUCAGGUCCCAUACGCCCGCGCCUCAGGAGGAAGAGGCCGUGACUCGUACCAAUCGUCUCGAAGAGGAUCGACAGACACUCGCCGCUCCUACGCAGCUGACCCGUUCGAAAGUCCCAAGAGAUCAUCACGCAGGACUGCCCUUCCUGCCGAGAACCUGGCAACUGCCCCCCUUGUAGCUGCACCACCUGCUGAGCCCGUUGACCCGGAGAUGGCCACCAUCCUUUCCCGUUUCUCCUCGCGCGAGAUGGGCGACCAUCAGUGCAAGCGAGGCUACCCUAUUGCUGUUUUCUGCGGAGCCCAGUCCAUGGACGUGGGAGGCAUUACCAACUCGAAGAUUGACGGCGCCUACGCUCUCUUCUUCGGACCUGGACACCCUCAGAAUGUGCAGCAACCCAUGACAGAAGGCGAACUCAAGCCAUCACACCUGCAGAACCCAAAGGCACCUACUGUUGCCGCUACGGGACGUCGCGCUGAGCUCAUUGCCACCACCCGAGCUCUUCAAGCAGUUCAUGACUUGUACCGAGGCAAGGCUUGCGCUCACAUCUGCAUGGACUCGGCGUACGUUGCCAAGGCUUGGGGCUCUUGGAUUCCCAAGUGGGAAGAAGAGGGCUGGCCCGGUGACGAGCACAUCAGGAAGACGUACAGUCACUCUGGCAGUGGCUCCCAAGCUGCUGACGAUGGUGCCAAGAAGAGCAACAAGCGCCUGGCAGAUGAAGACUUGCUUCGCGAGCUUGCCGCAAUCCGUCGUCUCUACGCUCGUGCCGAGCGAAAGGGCACCGGUGCUGCUCACCUCUACCUCAUCGAUCGCAAUGCCAACCCUGCAAACAAGCCCUGCCGCCUCAUUCUGGACAACAUGCGUAUCCGUGGUGUCAGCCCGCCACCCAGUCCGGGAGCCAUGUCGCCGAACCGACGCGACUCGAACCGAAGGAGCUCAAGGACCGACCUCGUCAACGGCCAAGGACGAGUCCGCGAUCUACCCAGCGGAACCUCUAGCAAGAGGCUCAGUCGACGGGAAGAGCCAGGGUCUCGCGCAAGCCGGGACAUCCGUGCUUCUCGCAGUGGAGCAUUGUCUUCUAGCCGGCGCAAAGACGCUGUUGCAGAGGUCGAUGAGAGCAACAUGAGUGAUAUUGCUACCGCUCCUUUGGGUCGACGUAUCAGUGCGAAGAGCACUGCUUCCGCAGUGACCGCUCUCGACGAGGACGAGACGGCUGCUCGACCUGCUGUCACGGCUCUUGAGGGUGUCGAGCCCAAGAACGAAGACGUCGACGCCGAGACUCCAGCAGAGCCCAAAGGCAUGCUUGCGACUGGUCUAGCCUCGGCCGGCGCUCUCUUGAGCGCUGGCUUCCUCUACUCUGGUCUAGCCAGGGGAGGUUCCCCUGGUGCCGAGGACUCCAAGAAGGUAGAGGCUGCCGUUCCCGACGAGUUCGAUAGUGAAGCCGAGGGGGACGCGCCCGCGUACACUGCUGGCAAGGCUCUAGCCCCUGUUGAGAAGGGAGACAGCACCAAGAUUCCAGUCGCAGCUGUUGGUCCAGCUGCUCAGAGCUCUGAUGGCCCUGUCAUCGAACCAACCGCUCCUGUCAUCGUCAAGAAGGACAGGAGGACUUCGAAGAAGCCUUCAGAGAGCGUAUCUGCUGUUCCAACCCUCGCCCCAGCGGCCGCCAUCUCUUCGCCUACCAAGGAUAGCAAGCGUCGCAGGUCGAAGAUGACCGACCUCGUUGCGGAGAAGCAGCUGAGCCCAAACAGGAAGUCUCUGAGCAAGAAGACGAGUGACUCUGCAGUCCGUGCUGCACCCGUCGUUGUUCCCAAUGCGGUCGAAGAGGAGCCUGAGGUAGAGGUCGUCAAGCCAGCACCCGCUCGUCGCACUCUCGCUGAGCGCAAGAGAGCUGCUGCAGCCGCCACCGAGCAGAAGCUCAUUGGUGCUGCCGCUCCUGUGGUUGUCGACCAAGACUUGGACUCGUCCAGCAGCGAAGAAGAGGAGGACGAAUCCGUCGCUCCCACUCCCAAAGCUCGACCUGCAAGCCAAGCCGCGGUCAGGAAGAGCAGCGCCACACCUGUGACUCCUCUGGCCACUAACGGCGCCUCUGCUUCCGAGAACAUGACCGACUCGGAGGCAGAAGCUGAUGUUGUGCCAUUGGCGACGCCCAAGAAGUCCGGCAUCUUCGGCAACCGGAAGAGGGCCGCACCUGUUACUCCAGUGGCGAUGACUCUCGAAGUGCCUGAGAAAAAUGGCAAGCUUACGCCUGCGAAGAGAGGAAGCUUCUUCACUCUCCUGAGGCGAGGCUCCUCGGCUCCUCCUUCGCCAGCACCUGCACUCGACAAUGCUGCAUCCUCGCCAGCUGCCCUGACCAAGUCUCAAGCUGCCGCGCGUGCUCCCGAGUCAGUAGUCAGUGCCGUGGAGACUGAUGUGACCGAGGCUUCCGAAGAGGCUGAGUCGGCCGUCGAAGCUCCUUCGGUCAUUGCAGAAGAGGACGAGGAGGCAGAGCCUGUUGCUGAGCUUGCUACCCCUGCCAGCCCUGCACCAGUGACUCCAAGGCUGACCUCGCCUGAGCCACCCUCUGGUGGUCGUCUGACCAAUUACGGACGCAAGAGGGCCGAGAGACAGGCAGCCGCCGCCCUUCUUGCCCCGCCUGCCGUCACUGCCAUUCCGGACCAAGACUCGGGCCGCGAUGCAUCAGUGGUGACGGUGGAUGAAGCUGCCGAGUCGGAAUUGGCCGGCGUUGCAUCUUCUGCUGGUACCAACACUGAGUCUGCGGCUCGAGUGCCCAUCCACCCUUCGCAGAGGGGAGUGCGCAAGCAGGCGUCGAUGCCCGCCACCCGUCAAGUUGGUGAGACUGCCAGCCUGGCACCCAGCAACAAGUCUACCAAGUCGCUCGCUUCCGGCCGCUUCAGGUCUCUCUCCUCGCUGGGAGGCCGCAAAGGCCUUGGAGCCGCUCCGGAAGACGAGGAGUGGGCAAGGCAGCUCGAAGGUAGCAAGAAGAAGAGGGGCUUCAUGCCCUGGGGAAAGAAGGGCGAAAAGGCCCCUCCUGUCCCUGCCGUACCUGCCAGCUACGCAGCGAAGACUGCCAAGAGUGAAGAUGCCCGAGCCGCUGCUGUAGCCAGUCCUGAGUCCGAGGCGGACGGAGCGGAUCAGAGCCUCAAGGGCAAGCGAUCUCUUGGCAUCCUCCGUCGAGGAACCAACACAGUUGGUUCGAAGAAGACCAAGGUAGCCCCCGUCGUUGCUGCCGAGGACUCCCCCUUGUCAGACUAUGACGAAGAAGAAGAACUCGAAGAGGAAUCGGAGCUCGGUUCGAAUCUUUUGGCCGAGGAAGAAGAGGAGCAAGCAGCAGAAGAAGAAGAUGGCGAUGAGUCCGAGGCAGUCUCUGCCUUGGAGGACAACGAAGCUGCACGUGAAGUCGAGGAGAAGAAGGCAGCCGCACCAGAGGAACUUGCCCCUCCUCGUUCUCGGGGCGGCCGAAUCUUGAGCUUUGCCUCUCCCUCCUCCGCCAAGAAGGGCCCGGCUGCUUCCCCUGCCACUGCAGCUUCACAGCCAGCGGCGGUCAAGGCAAAGCCGGCCAAGGAGCCCUUUAAGUUCAAGAAGAGCUUCAGCAAACUCGUCGCUCUCGAGUAAAGUGCAGGUCAGGAGCAGGAGAAUUGGAAGCUGAGAUUUCGGAGCUGGAAGCUGGAAGCUGGAGCGGGAGCGGUGAUACCCCUGUCCGUCGGACCAUACCUUUGAUCUUGUCUCGUGAUCCGUUCGUUACCCCCUUCCUCUUUCCUUUUUACCUUGUAAACCCGGAACAAUCUUGCGUCGUCUUUCUCUCUUUUCCUAUCUUUAUCGAAUGCUCCUUCCGUUGCGUUUCCCUUUUCCCUCUUACCUUACUUAGGUUUCCUGUCUUUCUCUUCUUCU